AUGCCGGGGCCACGGGCUCUCGGCUUCCCGACGUGCACGCGGAGCCAGCCCUGGCGCUCUUCGCUGGCGCAUCCUCCAGCAGGAAUGGCUCAUGAGAGACACAGGGCCUUUGGCUUCAUCCCCGUCUUCAUCCUCGUGGUGGGACUGCUCCUCGCCGUCCCACUGCCGGCACGAGCUUGGGAGGCGGGCAAGGAAGGUGACGAGCUGCCAGAGGAAGACGACUCCCGUAUCAUUGGCGGGAGGCCCUGCUCCAUCACCCAGCGACCUUUCCAAGUUGCCAUCACCAAGAGGGGCCAAAUCCUGUGUGGAGGAAGCUUGAUAGGCUCCCAGUGGGUCCUGACGGCCGCUCACUGCAAGCAGCCAAGCAGCAACCUCAGGGUUUUAAUUGGGACAGACACCCUACGGGACGGCACAGGCGAAGUGAGGACGAUUUCACAGUUCAUCGUCCACCCGGCCUACAACCCCCGCAAGAACGACAAUGACUUCAUGCUCCUGAGGCUGAACAAGCCCGUUCAGUUUAGCAACAACAUCAAGAAGAUCAGAUUAGCCACGAGAUGUCCCACGGACGGGAUGAGGUGCAGCAUCUCUGGCUGGGGUACAACCAAGUCCCCUGGAGCAAAGCUGCCCAGAAAUUUGCAAUGUGCCGGCAUCAUUGUCUUCGGGAAGCAGAAGUGCACCAGAGCAUACGGGGCCUCGACCAUCACCCCCAACAUGUUUUGCGCCGGUGUCCCACAAGGGGGCAUCGAUUCCUGCCAGGGUGACUCUGGGGGCCCGCUGGUGUGCAACGGGAUGCUGCAAGGCGUCGUCUCAUGGGGCAUGGCGGUGUGCGGGCGCAAGGGGCAGCCCGGCGUCUACUCCAAUGUGUGCCGAGCCGUGCCCUGGAUCAACAAAUACGUCAAGCAGUGA